AACAGAAACAAUGAAUCUACUUGAAAUAAUAAAUAGUCUUCCAGAAGAAAUUGUUGAAAUUCAUAUACUUGCUGAAUAUUGGUUCGGGCCAGUUUUUUGGACUUUUGAAAAAUUUAAAAAUCUUAAAAAACUAAAUUUACCUGGCAUUUGUUUAGACAAGCUAGUUCUUCAAGAAAUAGCAGAAACAACAACACUUGUUCAUCUUAACAUUGAAUUUUCUUAUAAACACAUAGGGUUUCCUCUAUUCAAUAAACUCGUUAAUUUGGAAUAUAUUAAAACAUGGAUUGAAAGUGAAAUUGGGGAUCGUAUAGAUAGGAAGAGAGUACUCUCUACAAAAGUACUCAACACUAUUUUUGAUAAAUGCAAAAAUCUAAAACAUCUUGAUAUUCCAUGUCAGCAUUAUGAUUUUGCUACAAUUCCUUUGGAUAAAUGGAAAAACUUUAAAAAUUUGGAAUAUCUUACUUUACGUUGUGAUGAAAUUCCGGUUGACUUAGCAGAUACAAUUGUUAAAUAUUGCAAGAAUUUAAAACACUUGUGGAUCACACAAGAGUGCUAUUUAAUAAGUGCAAAGGUUGUAAAAAAGUUAACAGAGUUAGAAAAUCUUGAAAGUUUAGUGAUAGAUCGUAAACGCUUUGAACUCAGUGAGAAAUCAAUAAUUGCAAUUGCAAACAAUUGUAAAAAACUUAAACGUUUAGAAUUUAGUUAUAAUGGCUAUAUAAUACCAACAGGUGUUGAUGAUGACCUUUCUUCUCCAUCUGUUUUAAAUGAGUUAUCAAAAUUGCAAUAUCUUGAGCAUCUAAACUUGGAAGGAUUAAACAAUGUUGACAAUAGUACAAUUAUUGCUAUCGCUAAUAAUUGUAAAAACCUAAAAACUUUAGAUAUCCAAUUUUGCGAUGGUAUUACUGAAACAGCUCUUGAUGCUUUAGAAAAGUUGAAAAAUUUGGUUGUAACCAGUUAGCCGACAAAAAUCAUUGAUUGUUGGAAAUUUACGUAAGCUGUUUUAAUAUUUCAGAGCUUCAU